GACAGGAAGCCAACUUCAAGCUGCUGGCUCACUGGUAACCUGCUCGUUAAAAAAAAAAAAACGGGUCACUUGCCCGAAUAUUAUUUACAACUUAAAUAUUUAUUUAAAUAUAUAAUAUAUAUUUUAUAUAUUUAUUAACCAUGUCUUCAAGCAGGUUCACUAUGAUCGUAAGAUCAUUCUCUUCAUCUCCAGUCACACAGCAAUUAGUGAAGCCACCACUUCAAGUUUUCGGUAUUGAAGGACGUUAUGCUACAGCUUUGUUCUCAGCAGCAAGCAAACAAUCAUCACUGGAUGCUGUUGAAAAAGAUCUGUUGAAAUUCCAGGGAAUGUUGAAAACAGACUCAAAGCUGGUCGACUUUGUAAAGGAUCCAUCAAUAAAACGCAAAUUGAAAGCCGAUGCAUUCAAAUUAAUCGGCACUAAAUUAAAUUUAAGCCCAGCAUCAGGAAAUCUGCUGGCCCUGAUGGCCGAGAACGGUCGAUUGGGAUUAUUGAAUCAAGUAAUAAACGCAUUCAAGCUAAUUAUGGCGGCCAAUCGAGGUGAAGUGGUGUGCGAGGUAACAACAUCCAAACCACUUGAUGCUGAGAACAAAGCUAAGCUCGAGGCCGCAUUGAAAUUAUUCCUAACUAAAGGACAAACUCUUCUUCUAACAACAAAAGUUGAUCCGUCAAUUCUCGGUGGCAUGGUCGUCUCAAUCGGUGAUAAAUACGUCGACAUGAGCAUUGCAAGUAAAGUUAAAAAAUAUUCCGACAUUAUCACUUCUGCAGCUUAAACUCAUCCAUAAAAUAAAAAUAAUAAUUAUAAAAUUAUACAGAGAAAAUACUAGAUUUAAUAUACGCGGUGUUUCACUGUAGUAAUUCGUGCAUCAUGCAUUGAGUUUCAAUAAAAAAUGUAUGUAAAUAA